GCGAGCGGUAGCCUUGGUGCGGGCCAUGGCGGUAGUUGGAGAAGAGUGAGGAGCGAAAGGAUCUCGACAACGACAUUUAUACCACGUAUCCUGCCGUGUGAGUCGUCAGUCGGGCACGGGCACCCGUCAAUUCGGCGCUGAGCUUCUCUCGCAGCAGGACCCCAGUAAUGCGCCGCUCUCGCCCCACGUAUUCCCAUCCUCUGUAUACACUCCCUCAUCCGUUUCCACCCUCUUUUCAUGUUCACCUUCCCAUCCGCCCCGCUGCGCCACGUCAAGACACAGAAGCGCCCCAUCCUGACCCAGCAGCACUUGCUUGCGACCUCCAUGUCCCAACAAAUACGAGAGCUCACCAUCAUCUUCAUCCCGGACCCGCCGCUUGCCCACACAGUCACCUCGUCCAAGAAAGGCACCCCGUUCGAGAUGGCUCGACUAUUCGACCCCGAGUCUGCGAAGCACCUCUUCCAAUCGGCCCCCGGAUGCUGGCUUGAGAAAGAGCGGGCUGAAUCUGCAGACGACGGCGAGGAGAAUGCUGAUGCCAGCCACGAACUCGUCGAAGAUCGCCGGCAACUCGUCAACGACGGCAGAGAGACCGUCGACGCCAGCAAAGAAGCCGCUCACGCUGGCGAAGGGAUCACUGACGCCGCCGAGGAUACCGCUGAAGGCGGUCAAAAUAGCCGUAUCGCCCGCGAUAUGAUCAUCUGGGAGUGGGUGAGUAUAUGUGAACGCCAACAGUCCGUCAAGUAUAACGACCAAAACUGCAGGCAUACCUCCCCGAAACAUGGCGUACGCUAUCCGAGGCUAGAGAGGACCUAACCGUCAACGUCGUAGGCAUGGAAUAUCCU